CCCAAUAAAUGGGGUAAACUCCCCAGCUGAAAUUUUCCUUGAGUGCAGUCUCUAUUUCUGCAGCCAGCCAUACCGGUUUAAGGCUUUCUUUGCUUUGGAGGGUUCAGUUGCCAUAAGGAAGCGAGGGGAAGAACAGAGAGCUCUGUAUGGGACCCUGGGACUCAGGGUUACUGGGAAGCCUAAGGGAUCCUGUAUAUAGGUCAGGGUGGAACCAUGUUGGCCGCUGAUCCAAUGACAAUACUCCUCUCAGCCUUUAUUUGCCUUCUUCUGGGAUUUGUUUUGUUUGGCAGGAAAAGGAAUGUUUGUCAGAAUUUCCCUCCGGGUCCAAGACCCCUUCCAGUUAUUGGCAAUUUACUCCUUAUGGAUAGGAAACAACCCUAUAAAGCAUUGUUAAAGGUAUCUAAAAAGUAUGGCCCUGUAUGCAGUUUUCAGAUAGGACCAUUGAAGACGGUUGUCCUGUGUGGCUAUGAUACAGUGAAAGAUGCCCUUCUCAAUGAUGAGUUUGCUGACCGGCCUGCCAUGCCUAUGCUUGAUGAUGUAGCCAAAGGCCACGGUAUUCUCUCUUCCAAUGGUGAGAACUGGAGGGUGAUGAGACGCUUUGCUCUUUCGACACUUAGAGACUUUGGAAUGGGGAAGAAGACGAUAGAGAGCAAGAUCAAUGAAGAAUGUGAUCAUUUAGUGCAAAAGUUUAGCUCCUACGGAGGAAAACCCUUUGACACCACUAUGAUAAUGAACGCAGCUGUAGCCAACAUAAUCGCUUCCAUUUUACUCAGUCAUCGAUUUCAUUAUGAAAAUCCAACGUUGCUGAGACUCCUGAAAUUAGUGAAUGAAAACACGAAGUUCAUGGCAAGCCGCAUAGCCAUGCUCUACAACACUUUCCCCUCUAUAAUGCGUUGGAUACCCGGAUGCCACAAAUCCAUUUAUAAGAACGCACAGGAGCUGCUGGAAUUUAUUAGAGAGACUUUUUCAAAACAAAAAGUCGAGUUGGACAUAAAUGACCAGAGAAACCUCAUCGAUGCAUUCCUUUCCAGGCAACAGGAGCCUAAUUCUGGAAAAUAUUUCCACGAUGACAAUCUGACAAUACUCGUGUUUGAUUUAUUUGUUGCCGGCAUGGAGACAACUUCAACGACUCUGAGAUGGGCACUUCUGUUAAUGAUGAAAUAUCCAGAAAUCCAAAAGAAGGUCCAAGAUGAAAUAGAGAAAGUGAUUGGCUCAGCUGAGCCCAGAGCAGAGCACAGGAAAGAGAUGCCCUAUACUGAUGCUGUAAUCCAUGAAAUCCAGAGAUUUGCCAACAUCUUUCCAAUGAAUGGCCCCCAUGCAACUACAAAGGAUGUCACUUUCAGGGGAUUUCUAAUACCCAAAGGCACCUUUGUAAUUCCAUUGCUGGCAUCUGUACUGAAAGAUGAGAAUUACUUUAAGAAGCCGAAUGAAUUUUACCCGGAACAUUUCCUCGACUCAGAAGGACAUUUUGUGAAAAACGACGCGUUCCUUCCCUUCUCAGCAGGCCGCAGAAGCUGUGCCGGAGAGAAUUUGGCUAGAAUGGAACUGUUCCUGUUCUUCACAAGCCUCCUGCAGAACUUCACAUUUCAGGCUCCACCUGGGGAGGAACUUGAUCUCACCCCUGACGUUGGUAUCGCUACGCCCCCUAUGCAACAUACUGUUUGUGCUUUGCCUCGUGCCUGAGGCUAGUGCGUUGACUAACUGAAUAUUCCUCUUAAAAUGUACUUUGUUAUCUUGAGUUACAUUUGUAGUUUGGGUUCUGCAGGCUGGAGGGGCCACGCCAACACAAAAUGUAAUAAAAACGUUCUAAUUUUACCCACUUGUGUUAACCAUAUAAGCCAAUUAGAUGUUGGUUUUGAAACAGCUGCCUGCUGUUUGUUUGCUAUAGGUUAAUAAACACGUAGCAAACGUAUAGGAGAAGCCACAGAUUGUAGGCAUGACUUACCUAAGACCCUGGGCCUGUGCUCCUGAUGCUAAAGUGGUCCAAGGUACGUCUGUAAGCACUAUGUUGUGAUCUUUAUCCACUUUGUUGUACUUCUUUUUCAGCCCCAGACUUGGGUGAUUGGGCAGUAGAGUAAUAAGCUGGUUGUUUGUUUUUAAGUUUGGCUUUUCCCUCUACUGUACAUGAUACAUAAUAAGACACAGCUGGAAAAUUUCAGAUUUUAUUUGAUUGACUAUAAAGUAACAGUUGAAUUAAAAAUAUGGAACGAUGUUGCUAUGAGCAGGGUACAGGGAUUAUAGGGGACCUGUCACCCAGACAUAACUGUAUAAUAAAAGUCCUUUUCAAAUUAAA